ACGAUACAUGCCAAUGUUUAUUUACUUGCAAUAUUUGUCUUCCAAUCAGAGACUUCGUGAUCAAGCGUCAGGAUGAAUCUAAGGAAAGCCUUGUGUUUUAUUCUGCUGUUAAGUACUGCGCUAGUUGACGGAAUACCAGUCAAAGUGCAGAAUCACACUGUAGGUCUUAACAGCCGAAGCAAGAGAUUUGCUCCUUUCGCGGCAGUAGGAUUGGCCCUUCCGGCGUUAAAAACAGCGUUCGCCAGUUUCGCAGCAAAAAAGUUAACCGCGACGGCGCUAGCAUCCGUGGUGAAAGGGGCGAUCAAGAAAUUUGGUUCGAUCGCUGUUAAGAAGGCCAUUCAAGCUUUGAAGAUCCCUAACUUACAACAGCUGAAACAACUAUUGAUGAAAGCAGGAUCACAUUUGUACUCGGGUGUGAUUGCCGUUAUCACCUUCGAUGUUGUGGAGGAAGUUAUUAGGCCAGUACUUGAUACAGUAUCCAAAUGGGUUUCCAGCAUCUUCUCAUGGUGGUGAUGUCUCCAGAACAGAAAAACCCAACAGCCUUCGAGCUAUCAUUGAAUGCAAGGAGAAACAGAGUCCACCAACCAAUGAUGUGAACAUGCUAUAAUUUAUACAAAGAGCUUUUCAUUUAAAUAUAUUUUCUAAAUUUACAGUUAUCUUAAAUACGUUUCGGCGCAUAAAACAUUCUUGAUGAUCUUAAAAAGAAAUAAAAUUAA